CAUCACAACAACUCCAGCAGCAAUGAAACUUGUACACUUUCACUUCUUCAACACUUGGAGACACUUUACAGGGAUAAAAAUCCACAUGGACGAAUAAUUCCUCAUGGAGAGACGCUGAUAUUCCCGCUGCUGGCUGUCCAGUGGUUAUAAACACGGGACUUUUAUUGUAUGUUCUCUUUUUGGGCUAGCUGGUCAUGCUAGUUAGCCUGCGACUGUUAACAAGAUACACACAAAUUAUAUCCUAAAUAUCUUCAUUUUCAUUGAUGUGGAUUGAUAACAGACUCAAGGCGCCAGCUGCGCGAUGUAAAAGUCAUAUAGUCGUAUAUGACAGCGUUUCUGCAGUUUUGUCUAUGAAUUAUGUAUGCAGUUUAAUAUUAGCUCACGCUAACUGAAAUAAUAACAGGGGAAUUUCAGUUUUUUUGGAGGUUUGGAUAUGAUUUUUGGGGAUACACAGUAUAAAACGUGUUUAAUUCGGGGUUUAUGAGUCAUUUGAGGAACUCUUUGUUCGGGAGAGGAAGAGGAAAAUGAGGAAGAGGAAGAUGAUGGUGAUGAAGAUCAGUUCAACAGGGAACUGCUGAUUAUAAACAGACACAUUCAGAAAAAUGCCUAGAAGAAAACAGUCUAACCCACAGCCUGUCAAAUUGGGAGCUGAAGAUGGGGCGGCAGUCGGCAAUCAGGAAAACCUGGUCCUGGAGAGUGACUUCCUCCUGGGACAGGAGCUGGGCUUUGGAGAAAAUGACUACAGGAUCGUGGGUUUUGAGAGGGACUCAGACUCCGUCACGGCUGACAUGGGAAUGCCGGUGUACGGCUUCAGCGAUGAGGACUGUUCCAGCUACAACCGUCUCGGCAUGGAGAGCGACUUCGAGGACCCACGAGACACGGAGAGCGAGCGGGAGGAGAUGGGCCCCGACGCUGCGUUCGCUCCGUACCUCUCCUGCAGGCAGUGCGGCCAGCUGCUGGGCGACCCCCUGAGCGGGGCGCUGGACCUCGCCGGCCUCUACUGCCUCCAGUGUGGCGCCGAGGGUGGAGACUCAGACCGGCAGGACCGUCCGCUAGAGGAGGCCCACCCCACAGACGCCACACAGGGGAAGGUGAACAGAGUCAGAUCCACAUCCGACGGAAGCUCUUGUAAAACGUACUCCUGCAAACUGUGCAGCUUCAGCUCGCGUUACUCCAAUCACUUGAAGCGGCACAUGAAAACACACAACGGCGAGAAACCGUACCGCUGCCAGCAGUGCGCCUACGCCUCCGCCCAGCUGGUCAACCUGCAGCGGCACGUGCGCACGCACACGGGCGAGAAGCCGUACAAAUGCGAGAUCUGCACGUUCGCGUGCAACUCUCUGGGAAACCUGAAGAGGCACCAGCGCAUGCACACGCAGGAGAAAGACCUCAACUGCAGCCAGUGCGACUUCAGAGCCAACAACAGCCACUCCUUAAAGAAACACAUGAUGAGCCACAAGGAGGACAAAUCGACAGCCUUCACGGAAGAGUCUGUGGUGUCUGACCUGACUCUGCACAUCAGCAGCGACCCCGACUUCCUCCAGAGCUACGACACCCUGCGAACGGGCCGCCAUCCCCCCGCCCUGCUGCACGCCGAGGGUUUGGCCAAAGAGUCAGACCCUCUGCCCGAGCUGCUAUUCCCCUUCACGUGCCGCGUGUGCGGAGCGGUGCUGGAGGACGAGGAGGGUGCCACAGCGCAGAUCUGCAGCAAAUGCACACUAGAGCGGGACAUGCUGUCCAAAAGCUCGCCGAGCAGCCCGGAGAAAGGCGACAAGCUGUACUCGUGCACGUCAUGUCCGUUCGUCACACAGUACCCCAACCACCUCGCCCGCCACACGAAGACUCACAGCGGCGAGAAGCCCUACAAGUGCCCGCAGUGCAAUUACGCCUCCGCUCACUUCGACAACCUCAAGCGGCACCACCGCGUGCACACGGGCGAGAAGCCCUACAAAUGCCGCGUGUGCGACUAUGCUUGCGGCAACCUGGCCAAUCUCAAGCGGCACGAGCGCAUCCACUCGGGCGCCAAGCCCUUCCAGUGCAGCGUGUGCAGCUACAGCUGCAACCAGAGCAUGAACCUGAAACGCCACAUGCUGCGGCACACCGGCGAGAAGCCCUUCAAGUGCCAGGAGUGCGGAUACACCACGGGCCACUGGGACAAUUACAAACGCCACCAAAAGAAGCACGGCCACUCCGCCGAAGGCUGGCUCAAGAUGCACCUGCCGGAGAAAGAGGAAGAGGAUGAGGAAGGAGAAAUGUAGUGGAAGCUCUCUAUGAUGUCUAACUCCAGUUGCCUUAUUAUUAUUAUCAUUAUUGUUGUCAUCAGAGGAAUCCAUGUAGUAAAAGCGUGUCACGACAGGGCUGGUUUGCGUUUUUUUUUUUUUUUUCCCACUUGAUUGUAUUUUGUCCAACUGUUUACAGCAGCUGAUUUCAAUCCCAGAAUCACAGGUUUGCAAUUUAAGAUCGACGUUUUGAACUGAAAGAGCACAUUUAUGCACCACUGGGUGAAUCUCACAAAAAUCUAACAGGCCAUGUUUCACCCUAAAAUUA